GUCCAAUCCAAGGGCCUAUCGGUACUUCCUUCUCACUCCUCUUACGUACCACCGCGCUACCUCCCUCUCCCGCUCUCAGGAAGAAGAAGAAGAAGAAGAAGAGGAGCUUCUUGUGAGGACUUCGCCACCCUUGCGAGGUUGAGUUGAGCCAAACCUUAAGCAAUGGCGACGCCAUCGCAUGCACAGGCGGUGAAGUCCCUAAACAAAGCCCCGGGCCGCCGCCGUUUUGUUUUCAAGACGUUCUCCCAGAGGGUAGAAGAGAUUGAUAUCGAUGUCUUCCGGAGCCUCGACAAAGUGAAGGCUGAGCCCUCAGAGGGGUCCUCCUUUUUCCGGGAUUGCCUCAUAGAAUGGAGGGAAUUGAAUACUGCGGAGGAUUUCAUUUCGUUUUACGAGGAAAUGUUGCCCUUGGUACAAACAUUACCAUUGAUUUUAUUGCACAAGGAAUUAAUAUUAUCGAAACUUCUCUCUAGAUUACAAAUGAAAGCAAGGCUAUCGCUUGAGCCUAUUCUUAGGUUAAUUGCAGCUUUAUCUAGAGAUCUCUUGGUCGAUUUUGUUCCCUUUCUGCCAAGGAUUGCUGAUUCUUUCGUGUCUCUUCUAGAAAGUGGUGCUGACAGGGAGCCGGAGAUUAUUGAGCAGAUUUUUACAUCUUGGUCAUACAUUAUGAUGUAUUUGCAGAAGUAUUUGAUACGCGAUCUUGUGUAUUUGCUCAAGGUUACAGUACAACUAAGAUUUUAUCCCAAGGAUUAUGUCCAAGAAUUUAUGGCAGAGGCUACAUCAUUCUUGCUUAGGAAUGCACCAGAUGAGCAGCUACAGGAUGGCAUUAGAAAGAUAAUGAUUGAAGUCAUGAAGAAACCAUUACCUACCAGAAAAUUUGGCGCCAGCACUUUACUUUGUUAUGUUUUGAGAGGGGCCUCAUCAAGGUUCCACUCAAAAGCAGAGCGAGUAUUACAGUUACUGAUGGACAGUACAAUACUUGGUUCAGACUCUGUUGUUGAAGUUGUGAGUACUGCUUUUCAAAGACUGUGUGAGGAGAUAGAGCCAAAGGAGUUGGAUUUGAUCCCGAAAUGCAUAUAUCAGAAAAUUAAUGAUGGUGUAACUAAUGGAUGCAUUUUGCAUUUAAGUCACCUCCUAUCACUGCUUAUUUCCAUUGUUCAGAUUCAUAAUGGUCGAAGGUUUUAUGAUUACCAAUCGUUGCUUGAACAUGUGGGGUUUCUUGUGCAAAUAUUUGUCAUGUCUUCUGGCUUUGAGAAGGCAGAGGUUCCCCAAACAGAAGUUGUUGAUAAGGUUCUCGAAUUGAUGAUAUGCAUUCUCAAUGGGCUUCACAACUUUAAUAAUAUAUCAGCUAUCUCUAGUUGUUCAUUGCAAUGGGCUCCUGUAUUCACAUUAAGGAACUUGAGUUUGCUGAAAUUUAUUAGAGAACUACUGCAGAAGGACCCUUGCAUAGUAUAUAUUUUUGGAGUUAACAUCUUAAGUGCAAUGAAUGAUUUGAUAGAGACUUCGGAAGAAGAAGUCAUAUAUUUAUUACUGUCCUUCUUUGAAGUAAUGGAAGCGAAAGUGCAAGAAUCCAACUUCUCAGAUGGCACAUUUAGAAAAGAGUUUCCAAAGAUGGAGGAGGCUAUCUCCCGUUGGAUUGGGGAAAUAAACAUUAUUGUGCAUGGUGAUCCAUCAUCUUGUCAUAUUCAUGAGACUAAGUGGGCUCUACUGUGGGGAAUAAUUAGAUGCUUGCCUUGCAUGAAGUUGAUAGCUGAAGUUAAUGUCCAAUGGAUGUCAUCCUGUUUGAUGAAGUUGAUAGAUGCACUUGAUCAGCUACCGUUGACGGAAGAUGGUUGCAUAGCAGGUCUUCCUAAACAAGCCUACCAAAGCGUAAUUGGCGCUGCUUUGAGUUCUUAUAACAAAUUACUUAAUGCUACAAAAUCUGGGCCUGAAGAAACGAGUAAAUUUUUGAAUCUAGCAAAAAGACAUGGAUCAUCUUCACAAGUAUUGUCUGCUGUUGCUGAUUAUUUGGAUUUUGUGUAUGGGCCCACGUCGGAAGCAGACAGUUGCAAUAGAAAGUAUCAUCCGGAACUUUCAGUGGAGAAUGCUGUGGAUGCAUUAAGCAUCUUUGCUGAUAAUUUGCACCACUCAAAUAGGGGGAUACGCGUUUCAACUCUUAAAAUAUUGUGUCACCAUGAACUUCUAAACUGUGUAGAUUCUACAAAUGAUCAACUGGUUGAGAAGCAAAUGAAAACUGAAGUUUCUCAGACAUCCCUUGUAGAUAGUCUGGGCAAUAAUGUUCUUCAGUUGCUUCUCUCGAUUGAGGAAACUCCGCUUUCAAUUUCUACCAGCCGAAAAGUGAUCCUAUUGAUUUCUAGAAUACAGAUGGAUCUCUCUGCGGGCAGAGUACCUCAAGCCUAUGUGCCCCUUGUUUUGAGUGGGAUAGUUGGUAUAUUGAAUAACCGUUUUAGUUAUCUUUGGAAUCCAGCAUUGGAGUGCCUUGGAGUUUUGAUGAGCCAGCAUGUUCGACUUAUAUGGAAUAAAUUUGUUUGUUAUCUUGAGCAAUACCAGUCAAUGUUUCAUACAUCCCAUGAACUAGACAGAGGGAACUAUAAACUCUAUGAUGAGUCAAGUGAUCUUGUCCAGCGAUUUCAUUUGUUUGUUACUCCAGAAUCUGAUAGCACUCCAUUUGCAAUGGUAUUAUCCUUGUUGCUCCAAUCAUUGCAAAAGAUUCCAAAUGUUAUAGAAUCUCAGUCUCGGGAGUUAAUACGUUUGUUCUUAAAGUUUCUGGGCUAUAAUCUCAAUGAUCAUGUAAGUGUGGAAUUUUUCAAUUCACAUGCUUGUAAAGGCAAAGAGUGGAAGGGUGUCCUUAAAGAAUGGUUAAACUUGCUGAGAGCAAUGCGGAACCUGAGAUCUUUUGAUGAGAGUCAACAUCUUAAAGAAGUUCUGCAAAAUAGGCUUCUGGAUGACAAUGAUGCUGAAAUCCAGACGAAGGUUCUUGAUUGCCUGUUAAUUUGGAAGGAUGGUUUCUUACUCCCAUAUGAUCAACAUCUGAAAAAUUUAAUAAACUCCAAAUAUUUGCGAGAGGAGCUAACAACAUGGAGUUUGUCCAAAGAAUCUAAUCAGAUUGAAGAAGAACACAGAGCUUAUCUUGUGCCUAUAGUUAUCCGUCUUCUGAUGCCAAAAGUUAGAAAAUUGAAGACACUUGCCUCGCGAAAGAAUGCAAGUGUUCUUCACCGAAAGGCAGUUCUUGGUUUCAUUGCUCAACUUGAUGUUGAGGAGCUUCCUCUUUUCUUCGUAUUGUUGAUAAAGCCAUUGCAAAUUUGUUCUAAAGAAACUGAUAGUACUUCUUAUUGGUUGCGGACUUCAUGGGAAAAUUCUAUGGCAUAUAAUUUCUUAAAGUAUUUCACCGUGGAUAAUAUAGUAGCCCUGUCUUGGAAGAAGAGAUAUGGUUUUCUGCAUGUGAUUGAAGAUGUUCUAGGAGUUUUUGAUGAGUUUCAUGUCAGACCUUUUCUUGAUCUUUUAAUGGGAUGUGUUGUUCGGGUGCUGGGAAGCUGCACAUCAAGCAUUGACGUUGCAAAGUGCAAUGGAUUCUCCUCACUUGAAGAUCAUUCUAACGCUGAUCUGACUGUACUUGAGAAAGACAGUGCAUCAGCAAGUGAUGUCCAGACCAGCAGUGCUGUGAAGCAGUUCAAAGCUUUAAGGUCUCUAUGCCUGAAAAUUGUUUCUCUUGUCCUUAAUAAGUAUGAAGAUCACGAAUUUGGUUGUGAGUUCUGGAGCCUAUUCUUUGCUUCUGUGAAACAUUUAGUGGACGGUUUCAAACAGGAGGGUUCCAGUAGUGAGAAACCAAGUUCACUGUUCUCUUGCUUUGUUGCUAUGAGUAGAAGCCACAGGCUUGUAUCACUCUUGAGUUGGGAGAAGAAUCUUGUCCCUAAUAUAUUUUCCAUACUGAGUGAGAUGAAAGCUUCUAAAGCCAUUGUAUCAUGUGUUCUUACAUUUGUUGAGAACCUGUUGAACCUUGAUAGCGAAUUAAAUGAUGAAGCAGAUGCUACAAAAAGAGUCCUACUUCCAAACCUCGAGGCACUUAUCUGCAGCUUGCAUGAUCUUUUCCAAAGUGAUAGUGCAACCAAGAGGAAGUUGGUCAAAUGUCCUGGGGAGAGAGAAAUAAGAAUUUUCAAAUUAUUAUCAAAGUAUAUAAAGGAUCCGUUGCCAGCAACAAAAGAUCCUUUGCCAGCAACAGAAGAUCCGUUGCCAGCAAAAUUUCUAGAUAUCUUGGUCCCAUUCAUAACAAAAAGAUCUAAAAAUUGUGAUCUUUAUUCUGAAGCUGUGCAAGUCAUUCGAGAUAUUGUCCCAGUGUUAGGGAGCAAAAGUACUAAAAAAAUUCUGACAGCAGUUACCCCGCUACUUGCUUCUGUUGCACUGGAUAUGCGGUUGUCUAUUUGUGAUCUUCUUGAUUCACUUGCUGAAGCUGAUCCUUCUGUCCAGUUUCUGGCCAAACUUGUUCGUAAAUUGAAUGCAACCUCUGCUACAGAAAUGGGUAGCCUUGAUUAUGACGCUAUCAUGGAUGGUUAUAAUGAGAUUUGUAUUGAUUUCUUCUAUACUGUUCAUGAGGAUCAUGCAUCGGUCAUUUUAUCACAUUGUGUGUAUGAUAUGUCAUCUGAAGAAUUGAUCUUAAGGCAUAGUGCUUAUGGGUCACUGCUCUCGUUUGUUGAAUUUUCUGCCCAAAUCCUUGGCCAAGAAGGAAAGGGUCACCAAGAAAUGACUUGUAAGAUGAUUACGCAUGAUGAUGGUUGUUGGACUAGAGCAUCUUUUCCGCGUAAAACAAUCAAGUUUCUUUUGAAGCAUAUGGGGGAUGCAUUGAGCAGAGAAACUACAAUCAAGAAGGAAUGGAUAAAUUUACUACGAGAAAUGGUGAUGAAACUACCAGAAGUAGCAAAUCUUAAUUCAUUGAGGGCUCUGUGCAGUAGCGAUGCUGAAGUAGAUUUUUUCAACAAUAUUGUUCAUUUGCAGAGGCAUAGGAGAGCAAGGGCAUUGUCUCGUUUUAGGAAUGUUAUCAGUACAAGCAACAUGUCGGAGGAUAUUUUAAAUAAAGUUUUUGUGCCACUCUUUUUUAGUAUGUUGUUUGACAUACGAGAAGGAAAUGGAGAACAUGUUAGAGUGGCAUGCAUAGAGGCCCUUGCUUCUGUUUCUGGUCAUUUUGAAUGGAAGUCAUACUAUGCGUUACUGGUUAGAUGCCUCCAAGAGAUGACUAUGAAUCCAGGCAAGCAAAAACACUUAUUGAGGCUAACUUGCUCCAUAUUGGACAGAUUUCAUUUUUCAGAGAUUCAUAAUAACCAAAAAGCCAAUGACUCUUUAGAGAAUGCUUCUGAUGCUGGGACAAUUAGUAGUUGUUCUUCGGCUAUGGCAACUGAGAUUCAGAGAUGCCUUCAUAAUACUGUGCUCCCAAAGAUACAGAAGCUACUCAAUUCUGAUUCUGAUAAGGUCAAUGUUAACAUCAAUCUUGCUGCCCUUAAACUACUAAAGUUGCUCCCUGUGGACAUAAUGGACUCAAUGCUUCCUAGCAUCAUUCAUCGUAUUUCUAACUUCUUAAAGAAUCGGUUGGAAAGCAUACGUGACGAAGCUAGGUCUGCUUUGGCUGCUUGUUUGAAGGAGCUUGGGCUGCAAUACCUGCAGUUUAUAGUCAGGGUUUUGCGAGCUACCUUGAAACGAGGAUACGAGCUGCAUGUAUUGGCAUACACUCUCAAUUUCAUCUUGUCCAAGUCUAUUUUAAUUCCCAAUAGUGGGAAGUUGGAUUACUGUUUGGAAGAUCUUGUUUCAGUAAUAGAGAAUGACAUUCUUGGAGAUGUUGCUGAGGAAAAAGAGGUGGGAAAGAUUGCUUCAAAAAUGAAAGAAACUAAAAUGCGACAGUCUUUUAAUACCCUGGAAUUGAUAGCCCAGAGUAUAACAUUCAAAACUCAUGCCUUGAAGCUUCUUUCACCUGUUACAACAUAUUUGCAGAAGCAGCUCACGCCAAAAGUCAAAACUGAAUUGGAAAAAAUGUUAAAUCACAUAGCUGUUGGCAUUGAACGUAAUCCAUCUGUAGAUCAGACUGACCUGUUCAUCUUUGUAUAUGGCCUCAUUGAAGAUGGGAUUAAAGACGAAAAUGGUCAGCGUGAAAUUUCAGUAAUUGCAGAGGAAAAGAAACAUCAUAGAAAGGACUUGAGAGAGAAAAGAAUAACUUCAGGCCGACUUGUCAACGUAUCUUCACAUCUUCUUAUUGUGUUUGCUCUCAGGAUGUUGCAUAAACGCACAAGAAGUUUGAAACAGGGAAAAAUUGAGCAUGCGUUAUCAAUGUUGGAUCCUUUUGUCACACUUUUAGGGAACUGCUUGGCUUCCAAGUACGAAGAUGUUUUAUCUUCGUCCCUUAGAUGCCUCACUCCGUUGGUCAGGCUGCCUUUACCAUCCCUUGAAUCUCAAGCUGAUAAAAUAAAGGAGGCAGUCUUGGAUAUUGCACAGAGUUCGGUAACUUCAAGCAGUCCUCUAAUGCAGUCAUGCCUAAGAUUGUUGGUUGUACUUCUGAGGAGCACCAGAAUCACCCUUUCAUCAGAUCAGUUACAUCAGUUAAUUCAGCUUCCUCUUUUUGUAGAUCUUGAAAGGGAACCUUCUAAUCUUGCCCUUUCAUUGCUGAAGGCAAUUGUUAAUCGCAAGCUUGUUGUUCCUGAGAUAUAUGAUCUUGUAACUCAAGUUGGGGAAUUGAUGGUGACAAGUCAAGUUGACUCAAUUCGCAAGAAAUGCAGUCAAAUUUUAUUACAGUUUUUACUUGAUUAUCAGCUUUCAGUAAAACGUUUGCAACAACAUCUAGAUUUUCUGCUUUCAAAUUUAAGAUAUGAGCAUUCAACUGGAAGAGAAGCUGUCCUUGAAAUGCUUCAUGUAAUCAUUGUCAAAUUUCCAAGUAAAAAUGUGGAUGAGCAAUCAGAGACAUUAUUUGUGCAGUUGGUGGUUUGCUUAGCCAAUGAUGAAGAUAGUAGGGUUCGUUCCAUGACUGGUGCAGCUAUAAAGAAGCUCUUUGGGUGUGUAAGCUCACAUUCACUUGAUUACAUUCUUGAGGACACAUUAUCUUGGUAUUCGGGAGAGACACAGCGACUGUGGAGUGCUGCUGCACAGGUCUUGGGAUUACUAGUUGAGGUUAUGAAGAAAGGAUUUCAAAAACAUGUUAAUAGGGUACUGCCAGUGACUAGAAAAAUUUUACAGUCUGCCAUCAGUGUUGUCACCAGUAGGCAACUAGAUGUUUCUGAGGAAAUUGCUGUUGCUUUCUGGAGAGAGGCAUAUUAUUCACUUGUUAUGUUGGAGAAGAUGCUGCGUCAGUUCAAUUAUUUGUGCUUUGAAAGUGAUCUUGAGGAAAUCUGGGAGGCAAUCUGUACGUUGCUUUUGCACCCACAUAUGUGGCUACGCCACAUAUCAACUCGCCUCAUAGCCUUGUACUUUGCCAGUGUAAUAGAAGCCCAGAAAGAAAAUGAAGAAAAAGCAUUUGGAACUUAUUUUCUUAUGAAGCCAAGUAGACUUUUUCUUAUAGCUGCUUCCCUCUACUGCCAAUUGAAGACGCAACUAACUGAUGAUGAUGCCAGUAACCUGAUAACACAAAAUCUUGUGUUCGCAAUAUGUGGUGUGCAUUCUUUGAUGGGACAUAUGGAGUAUGUGGAUUCUCCCAAGUUCUGGUCUACCCUUGAACAGCAUGAGCAAGGCCAUUUUCUUAAAGCUUUUGAAUUGCUUGAUUCAAGAAAAGGAAGAAGCAUGUUUUUGUCACUUUCAUCUGGUGUAUUUGAUCAAAAGGAACAAGCCCAGUCCAAGGAUAUUCGAUACUUGUUAAUUUCUUAUUUGCUUAAAAGAAUGGGAAAGGUUUCCCUUCAAAUGGAGGCUAUUCAGAUGAAAAUUGUAUUCAAUAGUUUUUCAAAAAUUUCAUCAGAAAUCAGUCAGGACAAUUGCCUCCAUUAUGCAUCUCAAAUGUUGCAGCCGCUGUAUAAAGUUUGUGAAGGGUUUGCUGGGAAAGUGAUCCCUGAUGAUAUGAAGCAAUUGGCACAAGAAGUUUGUGAAACUAUAAAGAAUAUUUUAGGUCAGAACUUUGUACAAGUUUACAGUGAGAUUAGGAAGAAUCUCAAGGCAAAAAGGGAUAAGAGGAAACAAGAAGAAAAGCUUAUGGCUGUUGUCAAUCCAAUGCGCAAUGCCAAGAGGAAGUUGAGAAUUGCAGCUAAGCAUCGUGCCAAUAAGAAAAGGAAGAUGACGGCGACGAAAAUGGGAAGAUGGAUGCCAAAGAAACAAAGGACAUUGUGAAAGAAAAUGAAAUAGUAGUAGUACAUAUGUACUUCACCCCCAAGCACUUGGGGAGUGUUUAAAUUAAAUUCUGAGCAACUAUUUUAAAAUGUAUAUAAUCUAUAUAUAUAGUAAAUGUGACUAUCCAUCUUCCUACUGGCAUUA